AUUUGGACUGUGAAGACACUGUGUAAAGGAACCUGUGGCAUAGAGAGAGACAGCACCACAAACACAUCAACCCAGGAAGGCAGGUCGUGUCAUGACCCUGCGUGAACAGCUGAGGAAGAUGACAGCGUUAGGGGAGCAGGGAGCUCUGGAUGAGAAGCACUGGUACCGCCUAGUCAACGGCAUGUCUGCUGGAGCAGAGAUGCGGCAGCGGCAGGAGCUGAUGAUGAGGAACCAGAUGGCCAUGGCGCCGCAGAUCCUGGCCCAGGGGCAGCAGCGGCUGCAGGGCGUGCCCACCCAGUUCGAGCCGCGCUUCAUGGAGAGGGAACUUGUGCAACCCACUGAAAUGGUGCCAUCCGAUGCCAGACAAAUGCAUAUGAGCGCCCACCUCGGACCCCCCAUGCCACCACCAGCAAGUGUCAUGCCAGGACGAGGAUUUCCUGCACCAGCAGGGUACAGUUUCUUGCCGUCUGAGCCUAUGGAAACUGUUGCCAGGCGACAGGAGCUCAUUCACAAGCAGAACAUUGCAAGAAUGGAGAUGAACGCCAUACUGCACCAGAAGGAGCUGGAGAACGCCCACCAGAAGGGCCUGAUGGGCAUGGAGAACCCCAUGAUGUAUCCGGGCAUGCAGGCCAACCCCAUGGCCUUCCGCGGCCGCCAGCGCCUCCCGGACGGCCACGACGUCUUCGUCCACCGCACCACCCUCGAGGACCUCCAGGCCAACAGUCUGCUGAUGUCCGCUAGCCCCUAUCCACCAAUCAGCAGCCUGCAGAGGGAGCGCAGCCGCCGUGCCGGCCGCCGGGCCACCAACCACAAGACGGUGGACAGCAACGGGUCUGGACACAAGGGCCCGUCGGAGGACAAGAGCGUGGAGCAGAGCCCCGGGGCCGGGUCUGGAGAGGAGAAGGAGGUCGAGGGGAAGGGUGAGCUGGUCGGGGAGACGUCCGACAGCCACAAGCCACACCAGGUCAAGAUGGAGGUCGAGCUGGCGCAGGGGAACGGCAGGAAGAGCUACAAGGAAGGGGAGCAGGGCCUGAGGAAGGCCUGCAUCGGGGGCCAGGACGGCUGCUCGGACGUGAACAACUGCACGCCGGGCGUGGGCGACAAGGACAUGCCCAACCCCUGCUCGGCCUUUCAGGAGAAGUUCAUGUACCCCUCAGCUGCUGGGCCCCUCGCCGGCCUGCCAUUCAUGUUCCCCAUGCCAGGAAACGGCUUCAUACCACCUGGUCCCCACAAUUUCUUCAAUGGCGAAGAGAUGUCAACAGUUGAAGACAUCAGGAAGUGGACUGUCGAUGACGUCUACAACUUCAUUGUGGAAAUACCUAGCUGCUCGGAAUACGCACAGACCUUUAAAGACCACAUGAUAGAUGGGGAGACAUUGCCCCUCAUCACGGAAGAUCAUCUGCUGGAUACGUUUGGUAUGAAGCUGGGCCCGGCACUAAAGAUCAGGUCCCAGGUGUCUCGACGACUCGGCAGCGCGCUGUACAUGAUGAACAUGCCCCUGGCGACUCCGGCCAUGCACCCGACGGCAGAGAAGCCCAGCGUGGACCACUCCUCGGAGAUCAGCUCGCCCAUCAACUGCAACAGCAUGGAGUUGCUAGGCAGCCCUUGUUCCCGGGAUACGGAGGCCCUGAAGCCGUCAGAGCCUGGCUCAGAGACGGAGAACCCUCCCUCGCCAGCCAGCAAAUCAGCAUAGCUCUAUACUGCGAAUGUGUGUGUCUGAUUUUCUGUGUGUGCGUGCGUGUGUGUGCGUGCGAGCAUGUGUGUGUG